AUGCCCGCCCCCGCCGCCCCCAUCAUCAGCUCCGUCCAGAAGCUGGUGCUCUACGAGACCAGAGCUAGAUAUUUUCUGGUGGGGAGUAAUCAUGCUGAGACGAAGUAUCGGGUCCUGAAAAUAGAUCGCACCGAGCCCAGGGAUUUGGUUAUCAUCGACGAUAAGCAUGUCUACACGCAACAAGAACUGAGGGAGCUCCUCGGCCGCUUAGAUCUAGGAAACAGAACAAAAAUGGGGCAGAAAGGCUCUUCCGGACUCUCUCGGGCCGUCUCGGCGUUCGGCAUCGUGGGGUUUGUCAGGUUUUUAGAAGGUUAUUACAUUGUGUUGAUAACGAAACGGAGGAAGAUGGCCGACAUCGGAGGACACGCGAUAUAUAAGAUCGAGGAUACAAACAUGAUCUACAUCCCGAAUGAUUCGGUCCGAGUCACGCAUCCCGAUGAAGCCAGGUACUUGCGAAUAUUUCAAAACGUGGAUCUCUCCAGUAAUUUUUAUUUCAGUUACAGUUACGACCUGUCCCACUCCCUGCAGUAUAAUCUUACCGUUUUGAGAAUGCCUUCGGAGAUCCUGAAAAGCGAAACGACGCAGACUCGACAGGAGAGUUUCGACAUCUUCGAAGACGAAGGUUUAAUGGCCCAGGGUGGGAGCGGAAUAUUUGGGAUCUGCAGCGAACCUUAUACGAAGUACGUGUGGAAUGCUGAUUUAAUGGGUGUAAUUAAAAACACGGUCCACCAUAACUGGCUGUUAUAUAUCAUCCACGGAUUCUGCGGACAGUCGAAACUGCUAAUUUACGGCCGGCCGGUGUACGUCACUCUGAUAGCCCGACGGUCCAGCAAGUUUGCCGGUACCCGGUUUCUGAAGAGAGGCGCCAACUCUGAGGGCGACGUGGCGAACGAGGUAGAGACGGAGCAGAUACUCUACGACGCCUCCGUGAUGUCAUUUACAGCGGGAAGCUAUUCCUCCUACGUCCAAGUUCGAGGAUCGGUCCCUCUCUACUGGUCUCAGGAUAUUUCAACGAUGAUGCCUAAGCCACCGAUCACACUGGACCAAGCGGAUCCGUUCGCUCAUAUAGCUGCUCUCCAUUUUGACCAAAUGCUGCAGAGGUUCGGCUCGCCGAUUAUCAUCUUGAAUCUCGUGAAGGAACGUGAGAAAAGAAAGCACGAGAGAAUCCUGAGUGAAGAACUCGUGGCUGCCGUGACCUACCUCAAUCAAUUUCUGCCUCCAGAACACGCCAUUAUUUAUAUUCCUUGGGACAUGGCCAAGUACACAAAAAGCAAAUCCUACAAUGUGCUCGAUCGCCUGAAUGUGAUUGCAGAAAGUGUGGUGAAGAAAACGGGUUUCUUUGUAAAUCGUCCCGAUUCCUACUGCAGCAUUUUGCGGCCCGAUGAAAAAUGGAAGGAGCUAGGAGGAAGUGUGGUUUCCACCAGUCGUUUGCAGACCGGAGUUCUGCGAACCAACUGUGUAGAUUGUUUAGAUCGUACUAACACAGCCCAGUUCAUGGUGGGGAAAUGCGCUCUGGCUUAUCAGCUUUAUUCCUUGGGAUUGAUCGACAAACCCAAUCUGCAGUUCGACACGGACGCCGUAAGGCUCUUCGAGGAACUCUACGAGGAUCACGGUGAUACGCUUUCCCUCCAGUACGGCGGCUCUCAGCUGGUGCAUCGAGUGAAGACCUACCGAAAGAUAGCCCCGUGGACCCAGCAUUCCAAAGACAUCAUGCAGACCCUCUCCAGAUAUUACAGUAAUGCCUUCUCUGAUGCUGACAGACAAGAUUCCAUCAACCUGUUCCUCGGAGUAUUCCAGCCCGCCGAGGGUAAACCUCAUCUCUGGGAACUUCCAACCGAUUUUUACUUGCAUCACAAGAACACCAUGAGACUUGCGCAAACGAGGAGGAGCUAUACUUACUGGUGGACCCCCGGAGUAAUAGAUCAUUUACCAAUGCCUUAUGAUGAAGUGAGCAGUCCUGAAAACAGAAAGAAGCUGAGAGUGAAGAGGUUUCACAGAUACGAAGAAGAGAUCGAUAUCCAUAAUGAGUUCUUCCGGCCUUAUGAAUUAAGUAGUUUCGAUGAUACUUUCUGCCUGGCCAUGACAAGUUCGGCAAGAGACUUUAUGCCCAAGAACGUUGGCAUUGACCCGAGCCCCUUUACUGUGCGUAAACCCGAUGAAACUGGAAAAUCAGUCUUGGGAAACAAAAGCAAUCGGGAGGAAGCGGUACUUCAGCGCAAAACAGCAGCCAGCGCCCCUCCACCCCCGAGCGAGGAAGCCGUGUCGAGCAGCUCCGAGGACGACUCCGGGACGGACAGAGAGGACGAGGGUUCGGUUUCUCAGCGCUCGACCCCGGUGAAGAUGUCCGACGCGGGCGAUAACGCAAAAAUGAUGGAGAAUGUCGCUCAGCCCCUGAAGGACGUGUACGGGAUUAACCUCUCCGACGUGCCGUCGGAGGACGACCACUCUAUUUAUGCGAGGUUUGUUCAGCUGGGGCAGAGGCAUCAUAAGCAAGACAGAGGCAGCCAGCAGUUGGGUCCGAGGUACUCGGACGGGGUGAAAAAGCUAACGCACAUCUCCACUUUUUCUCAAGACAACAUCUAUGAAGCCCAGCCUCCGAAAGUAGACAGAAAAUCUAUCGAGAUCUUCCAUGCGCACAUUCAAGCCAGCAGAGGAAUCAUGCAGCCCUUAGGAAAAGAAGAUGUCCUCAUAUACCGGGAAUACAUUAGAAAUCGAUACAUGUAGACAAGGAGAAAAGAUGACGCCGCUUCUACUGUACUGUAAAAAAAAAAAAAAUGCCAUUUCCAAGAAGUCAUUAUUUAAAAUUAUUUUGUACGACCUCAAAGGUAAUUCCCCGGUGUUUUGUUGAAUUUUUUCUACCUCAGAGAAAACAGACUAAAUGUUUACCACUCCAAUUGCCUUUUGGUAUAAAAGCGUGAACGGGGAACGGAGACGAAAAUAUGAAUCGUGAAGAUAAGGUUAAAGCGUAUUGGCAUAUCGACUGAGGAGUUUUCUAAGGCUAAGGGAGUCUUGUUCGCUAUUUUAGGAGUUUCAUCAGCUAUUAAUCUCAGGUUGAAAGAAAAUAUGCUACCAUUAGUUAAUAUGCUUUUUCGGAGGCAUUCAAGAAAGUGUUCUGUGUUUGCAUUGUACCAGCAGUCGUAUGCUUACAUAAUAUUAAAGAGAGUUAAAUGAAGGCA